AUGGUAACAGAUGAAAUCCUAGUAAAGAAAUUCUAUUGGGAAAGCCUUUUUCCAAGGCUGGUGAUGUUGAUUCUUCUGGAUCCCACCAAUUGGUUCCUGAUAACACAGGAAUUGAGCUUCCAAAAAUUCAUGAAGCAGUCAGCAUAUAUUGAAGAACUUAAGUAUGAUUUCAAUGAAAAGGCUGAAUUGAGACACACAGAAACACAUGAGCCCUUCAUUUUUAACUAUUACAAAAAUACCCUUGAGAGAAAUAGCAAGCGCUAUCAGGCCCUUGGGCAUUUGCUUGAAUAUUACAUUUAUGAGCUCUUGGAGAAGGUGUGCAAACUACACAAAGUAUAUAUCCCAAGCCAAGCUAUUAUGGAACCAAGGAGCUUCUUUUUCAUGAGUGAGAACGCUUUAACUAAUACUUCCCUUCUUCUUGUCCUUCUGCAAGAUCAUGGAGUUUUUCGAGCCGGGCAGUGGAGCCAACAGACCAUAGUCCGUCAUGGCCUACAACAUGGAAGUCAAAUACCUUGUAUUCAGCUAGCACUACAAUCAGAUUAUGGUAUCAUUGUAUUAAAUCCCAAUGAUAAUUUCAUGGAUUUAAAAAUGGAAAAAGAGUGUCUAAGUCCUCAAGGUUAUACUAUUGAGUCAUCUUCCUUAGAAAUGUUUCAGCCUGGGAACCCAUUUUCAUUGCCAAAGGGUGCCCAAUGCAUUCCAAAAAAAUACAGUAGUACACCUGAAGAGCAUACUGCCUACAUAUGGAAUCAUUUCAUUUUGAAAAGUACAGCUAGAAAUGUAGCUUUCAUUGUCCAUGGUUAUGGAGGUUUGGUUUUCAUGGACCUACUUGUUCAGAAAAAGUGGGAAGUAAUGAACAAAGUAUAUGCUGUAGCCCUUAUUGAUUCUGCACACCACGUAGAGCACCAGCUGGGAAAUGACACACAGCUAUUAGCAUGGAUAAAGCACCACUGUCGUGAAUGGAUAACAAGCCAUAAACCAUUGGAUAAGCCUGUAGCCACUGUUUUGAAAAUGGAUUGUCCAAAGGUUUCAGCUGGUACAGAAAAUCAUAGCUUAGCACCUUCUACCAGCCUACAAUCAAUUUUCAAAUACCUCAAAAAUGCUUUAAAAGCCAAAACAUCCGUUCAUUUUUCUCGAAUGCCAAUUGUAACUAGAAGCUGCACAAAAAGAAAGCAAAACACUUAG